AUUAGUCCCUUUCGCCGAUAUCUUAAUUAAAAACGCGAUCCGCAUCUCCCCCUUUCCCUUCCUCCAACCGCGAACAUUAAAACGUGACAUUUAACGCGUGCACUCAGAGACCCGUUUUGUUGAAUGAAACAAAAUUUCGUUGACUCAGCUGAACUUCUCGUCUGGAUAUGAGCGAACAAAUCUUUCAGUUGAUACAACGAACAAAUUUAGUUGGAAAAUUUGGACAAAAUGGGUCCCUCAGUGUGCGAAGACGCGGUUUCGCCCGGGUUUAUUUGUUAAUUUAGAAAAUACCCUCCGGGGAAACACCUUACAUUUGGCACUGAAUGCCGAUCCACUCAUCGUUUUAUCUGCCGCGUUCAUCAGCGUUGCAUAAACUCGGUUUAUUUUUGCAUCCACUUAUAACUUCGUCGAGUCCUACAGCGUCAUCGCUGCGCCCUGCAUCGCACACAUUGUAUAUUAUUUUAUUAUAUUGUAGGAGCAAAAGGCGGCAGCGUUAUCCGGCGGAUAACGAACUGCAGAGAACGGCGCUCGACGCGCACGUAAGACGUUGCGUAAUAUUUCCAGUUACCGAGUUACGCGCUGGCAAGAAAGCAGAAUUUCGAAGCUGCGGCGUGGAAAUCGAAAGAGAAAAGAGAAGAGACAAGAAAGAAAGAAGAAGAAGAGAAGAAAAAGAACGAGAAGGAAAGAAGAAACGAUAGAAAACAGAAAGAAAAGAAGAAAUAUGACAAAGUGCCGAGGGAGAGAAGAAAUCUUUUUUUUUUAAUAUUACACCAAAUAUUGUAUUUGUUAAAAUUGUGCAAGCACGAUUUAUUUUGAAGGCUCUUAAAUAUGCAACUACCUAAAUAAACGGACAAUUCCGGGUCAGUGCGAGCGCCA